ACUUAAAACGGAGCUCCACCCAAAAGGGGAAGUUUCGCUUUAAGGACUGCUCCCACGCUCCCCAUUAACGAUUGGUACCUUUGGGGGGCGGGGGAAGCAUGUACCCGAAUUUGACAGGUACCUGCACCCACUUCCAGUCCGAUCGCCUAGGCGAUCUGAAAUGGAAGCUGUUCUCCCCCCCCUCCCUCCCUGUAGUCUUUUGGGACAUGUGACAGGUCCCAGAAGACUACAGGACCAUUCAGAAAGUGCAGCGCUACUCGCGCAUGUGCAGUGGGCACCCGGCUGUGAAGCCGCAAGCUGUCACAGCCAGGUGCCCACACUGAAUAUUCCGGCCUCCUGGAAUACAGGACAGCUGGUGAAACAGGCUGCGGGGGACACACCA